AUGUAACAAUUACAAGAGGAUUACUAAUCUAAUUUAAAUAAAGCACAAAAAAAAUACUCUUUGAAUAAAAUACUCUCCUGCUUUAGUAAACUCCUAAUCGUAUUUUGCUAUCUGCUCAUUUCAACCAUCAUUUAUUCCUUCAUAUUUGACACCGCAAUGCAAUAUCAUUUGGUUUAUUCGAAUACCUAUCUAACUAUUGCAAUUCUCCUUGUUGGACUACUAUUAAGCUUCAAUGUAAUCCUAAACUACACCUUUGUAAUUUAAGUUUCUCCAGGUACUACAAAUUAGUAUUUUAUCCCUAUUUAAAAUGACAUAGAAAAUAAUGAAAACUAACUAGAGAACAAUCCUAAUCCUAAUUUAAGAUAUCUAAAAUUUAACUACACACCAAAAUUAGAAGCUAAUAAUGCCUAACAAGCCAACACUUUGGAUCAAUCUACUUUAGGAUUUUGUAAUUCGUGUUUAUUGCCUAAACCUAAAAGAACUCAUCAUUGCAGCAUAUGUAACAAAUGUGUAUUGAAAAUGGAUCACCAUUGUCCUUGGAUUGAUAAUUGUGUUGGUCACUAAAAUCAUAGAUACUUUGUUCUAUUUCUCACUUACAUAUUCUUAGGUACUUCCUUUUUUACUUUAUUAAAUUUAAAUAUUGUUUUUUCCACAGAUUUUGAAGAUUUUAAAAAUAAAAGAAGUUCUUUGUUUUCCACUUUGUGGGUCCUUGAACUUGCAUUAUCUUGGUCGAUGGGAUGUUUUGGAGGGUGGAAUUGGUUCUUAGUUCUCAGGGGGUUUACUGCAAUUGAAUUUAUGGACAGAAACAGAAAAACUACCUAUGAGAGAGAGGAAAUAAUUGAAAAUUUAAAAUAAGUGUUUGGUGAUUUCAAAUAUUUAUUUUAAAUUUUGCUGCCUAGCUUUAGACAAUUGCCUUCGAAUGGGGUGAUAUGGAGUAAUACGGAGAAAAGAUUUGAGAAAAUAAACACUGCUGUCGAUUGA